UCACACAGUCAUCUGAAGUCAGUAUUGAAGCAAGAAUUUAGGAAAAUGAGUUCGACAUAUUUACCCUUUUUGAUAGGCUUGUUUGCGAAGUUGUACUCAUGUGCGCAAUUCAGUGGACUUUCAAACUAUGGUGAACAAAACAUGAUUUUACAAGGAUCCGUGUUUCACGUAUUCAGUAAAACGACAUUCCAGCAGUGUCACCAAUUGUGCAUCUAUUCCUCGAUCUGUUCAUCGAUCAACUGGUUAUCCUCUGUCAGAGAAUGUCAACUCAACAUGCAGCAUGUCGGUGUUGGUAAUUUGCAAGUUUCACCAAACAACGUGUACAUGCCAGUUGAACCGAUUCAACAACAGACUCACACAUGUGGAAGUCGUCCCUGUAGAAGUGACCAGCUAUGCAUCCCUGUAGUGAAGUCAACAUCGCACAUUUGUGUUCAAGCUGUAUCUGCAUUGGCAGCGACUACUGCCUCAUCGGGAUCAACUACAAUGCUGGCAACUCCAAGUCUCAUUACUUCCCGAAAUCCAACACCCUCAACAACUCCAGAAGCAACUAACCAUGAUCAAAGUACAACCACACCAGAAACAACUACUCUAGAACCAACUACAACUACACCAGAAACAACUACCCCAGACCCAACUACCACUACACCAGAAACAACUACCCAAGAACCAACUACAACUACCCCAGAAACAGCUACAACUACACCAGAAACAACUACCCCAGAAACAACUACAACUGCACCAGAAACAACUACCCAAGAACCAACUACAACUACCCCAGAAACAGCUACAACUACACCAGAAACAACUACCCCAGAAACGACUACAACUACACCAGAAACAACUACCUCAGAACCAACUACAACCACCCCAGAAACAACUACAACUCAAGAAACAACUACAACACCAGAAGCAACUACCCAAGAAACAACUGCAACUACACCAGAAAUAACUACAAGCACACCAGAAGCAACCACUACACCAGCAAAUGACGUCAGCUGUGAGAUCGAGGCUGACUGUGGUAUAUUUCCCGGAACAACAUGUUUUGGCGGUCUGUGCACAUGCAGCAUUGGAUACGGCCUGGACGUGGCAGGAAAUCUUUGUAGAGAUAUACGUGAAUGUGCGUCAUUCAGAGACAACUUCACUUUGUAUGCAAAGCAUGCAAUAUUCGAUUAUGAUGAGGAGAAUCAAACCCCCUUCUCAGUGCCAGAAUGUGUGGCGAUGUGUCUUCAGGCUUCCACUUACACAUGCAAAACCUUUGAGAUGUAUCAGGGCGGCUGCUACACACAAUCGGUGACCUGGUCUGCUACAAAUGAGCCAGUGCCAACAACAUCUCAACAAAAGAAGAGGCGGAUACCAGAUGAGGAGGGAGAGUCAGAGAUGUCAGGUGUUGACGGGCUCCAUUCUGAGGAAGCCCACGAAGUCACCAUGCCUUUUUCUCUCCAACUCUGCCAUCAAAUUCUCCUAGCUGUGGCCAAUACCGAUUUCGCCUGGUCCUUCGCAUUCUUCUGUACAUCAUCAUGGCAGCAACUGCAGCAUUUUGAUAUAUUCUUUGCAGACGGAGCAACUGCAACUGUUCUGCUCUUUACAUCUUAA